CUUCAGCCUUAUCAUCGCACAAUGCCAAAAUCAAUGAGAAGUUUGGCCAUUCUCGCCUCCUGUAUCUUCGCCGUCGAAGUCCAGGGGCGAGCAGUCUUGGAUCGAUCCACUUCAAAUACUUGUCGAAAGACCAAGGUAGCAGUACUCGGCGCUGGUGUAGCGGGUAUAACUGCGGCCCAAGCCCUGAAUAACGCCUCAGUCAGCGACUUUAUCAUUGUCGAUCGCAAUGAUUACAUCGGUGGAAGGGUUGCACACACUGAAUUUGGCCAGAAAGAAGACGGAACACCGUACACCGUCGAGCUUGGUGCGAAUUGGGUACAGGGCUUAGGCUCACCUGGUGGUCCAGAGAAUCCAAUCUGGACGUUGGCGAAGAAGUACGGUUUGGGUAAUACAUACUCCAACUACGACUCAAUCCUUACCUACGACCAAAACGGAGCAGCCAACUAUUCGGACCUUCUCGAUGAAUGGGCUGCUACUUAUGACAUUGCCGAGGAUGACGCUGGAUCUAUCCUGCUUAACAACCUCCAGGAUGUAAAUGCGCGGACUGGCAUGAGUAUGGCAGGCUGGAAGCCCAAGAAAGACAUGCGUGCCCAGGCGGUGGAGUGGUGGAGUUGGGACUGGGAAACGGCAUAUCCCCCGGAAGUGUCGAGCUUCGAGUUUGGUGUCGCUGGCAACAACUUGACUUUCAACCAGUUCAGCGAUGAGAACAACUUAGUUUGGGACCAACGAGGAUUCAAUGCCUUCGUCAUUGGUGAAGCUAGCGAGUUCCUAACACAAAACGAUUCGAGACUUCUUCUCAACACCACCGUGACAAAGAUUGAGUAUUCGGAUUCCGAUGUCAUUGUUCGUCUCGAAAACGACGACUGUAUCCAGGCGGAACACGCAAUCGUUACGUUCUCCGUCGGUGUACUGCAAAGCGAAAUCGUAGAAUUCGCGCCUGCUUUGCCUAGGUGGAAGCAAGAAGCCAUCGAGCUAUUCCAAAUGGGAACGUACACUAAGAUUUUUAUGCAAUUCAACGAAACCUUCUGGGAUAAAGAUACUCAGUACUUCCUGUACGCAGAUCCUGACACUCGCGGCUGGUAUCCAGUCUGGCAGUCUCUAUCUACGCCAGGCUUUCUGGAAGGCUCCAACAUUAUAUUCGCCACGGUUGUCGGACCACAAUCGUAUAGGAUUGAGCAGCAGCCAGUUGAGCAGACUCAAGCCGAAGCUCUGGAAGUUCUGCGAGCUAUGUUCCCUGAUGUGGACGUUCCGGAACCAAUUGCCUUCAAGUACCCCAGAUGGAGCCAGGAAGAAUGGUCCUUCGGAUCCUACAGCAAUUGGCCUAUUGGCAUGACGUUGGAGAAGCAUCAGAAUCUACGGGCGAACGUCGAUCGAGUCUGGUUCGCAGGCGAGGCAAACUCCGCACAAUACUUCGGAUUCUUGCACGGUGCCUGGUUCGAGGGCCAAGAGGUCGGUCUUCGAGUCGCUUCGAUGCUCGGGAAGACCGUACAGAUCAAUGGCACAUCAGUGGGUGGCAAUAUGAACCACUACGAAGUUCUACAUGGCACUACAUCUGUCGAUGAGUACAACGCUGCGAAUGGAUGGCCAGUAAACAGUUUC